AUGAGUAUCCGACAAUUAGUUAACAACACCACCAGAUCAGUCACCCGUCAAACUUGGUCUAGAAGUGUUAAUUAUACUUCUAUAAGAUCAAUUUAUAUACGUACACCACCAAAGACCGAACCAGUUGAAGAUAAACAAUCGGCAUUAACUGAACAACAAAAGACUAUUGCUAGAGUGAAAGAAUUCUUAGGUGAGAAAUAUGCUAUACCCGAUGAAUUAGCCCUUCAAGUCAUGACUCAUAAAUCAUUUGAUGGAUUAAAACCACAUCAUGAAAAAUUACAAAUUUUAGGGUCACAUUUAAUGAAAUUAUAUUUUGCCAAACAUGCAAUUCAAAGACCCCAUAAGAAUGAUGAAUUAGCGAUAAAUGGUAUGAAUUUGGAUAUUUUAAGUACACCUUAUCAUACUGCAUUAACUAAUCCAAGAAGUUUGGGAUAUUUUGCCAAACAUGAAAAAUUAAAUGAAGGAUUACGUUGGAAAUGUUCUUCAACACAAUUAGGAUUUGAAUCAAGUGGAGAAAUGAGAGUUUCGGCAAUGAUUGUGAAUUCAAUUGUUGGGGCUAUAGAUUUUGUUUAUGGGAAACAAAUUGCUGAAGAAUUCAUUCAUGAAAAAAUGGCUCGUAGUCUUGAAAAGUCUGGAUGUUAUGUUCAAAAGCAAUAUGAAACAUUUGAUUGA